AUGUUCAAGGGGGCCCCGUGCUUCCCUCUUAGGCCAGGGGGGCCCCCAUAUCUAUCUCCUUUACUAGUUUCCUUAGACCCCCCAGGGGGGGCCCCAACAGACCCAGAUGGUAAAGACGUGGGGCCCCCCGUGCUGCCGCGACUGCAGCAGCAGCUGCUGCAGCAGCAGCGCUCGUUGCGCCUAUGGCUGCAGAAGGUUCUUCAAGAGUCUCCAGGUGUAGAGACAGCAGAGGCUAAUGAACAGCCAGCAGCAACAAACCCUCUAUGUAUAAAUAUAAAUAAUAAUUAUAUAAUAAGAAGAAAAGAAGAAAAAGAAGAAAAGGAGACAGAUACAGCAGCAGCAGAUACAAUUAUUGAUCUUAUGGAUCAGGGCCUACAAAGCUGUGCCUUACCUGUGGGGCCCCCCAUGGGGCCCCCCCCUGCUGCUUGCUGCCGCUGUUUAUCCCUUCAUGUAUACUCGGAUAGUUAUGAGGUUAAUUCCUUAAGACAUGAGGGGCCCCCUGUACCCUUUAGGGAGAGGGGCCCCCAACCAAGGGACUGGGGGAGGCCCCGUGCCUGUGCCUUUAUGCCAGAGGCAGAGGAGGCCCCUGGGCCCCCUUCCCCCCAGCCAUCAGCAGCAGCAGCUGCUGCUGCUGCUGCAGCAGCAGCAGCAGCAGCAGGAGACGCCUUCAGUCUAUGGGCAAGCGGGGGGCCCCUACCUACGUACUUAGAGCCAAGCAGCAGGAGGCAGUCUGCAACUGUCUCUUCUCCUGUAACAGCAGCAGCAGCAGCUGCUGCAGCAGCAGGUGCUGCUGCUGCUGCUGCUGCUGAAGAGGGAGAAGCACAGGCGCGGCAUAGCGAGCAGUCACAACAGAGACUGCAGCAGCAACUGCAGCAUCUGCAGCAGCAGCAGCUGCUGCUGCAGCAGCUGCAGUUUGGUCAGGCAGCAGUACACGGCGGAGGCCCAAGAGGGCCCUUCGUUACCCCAGGGACAAUAGAGGCCCCAGGGGACAGGGGGGGCCCCCGAGGGUUCUCUUAUGAGGGGCCCCGUCUUGAGCUCCUAAGGAGUUUAAGUCGUUCUUACCUAUCAAGGGGGGCCCACCUGGGGAGACACGCGAGAGAGGGGGGCCCCCAAGAGGGGCCCCCACUACCCAAUCCUGGAGGGGGUCCCCUUGACGAAGGGGUACCAGAGGGUCUAUUCAGAGAACCUGGGGGCCCCCUGGGGGGCCCCCCAACAGUUACAGAUGAUGUACCAGAGGGAGGGUUAGAAGAGGCGGGGGCCCUUGGGGUUCCCCCCGAGUCUACCCUUGAGGGGGAGGAGACAAGGGGGGGCCCCCAUGGUACCGAUGGAAGGUCUCUUCUUAGGGUAGGGGGGCCCCCCUUCCCUGUUGUUGCAGAGGGUACUAGGUACAGUGAUAGUACAGAAGGAGAGAGACAAUUGUUGCUAAGUAGUCCCCCCUUUAGUGUCCCUCAACAAGAGGAGACAGAGGAGACAGAGGAGACAGGGCCCCCUCUACUGUCUCCUUCUGUCUAA